AACUGGGAGCGACCGUCCUGCAGAUAUGGACCCCCGGAUGCACCUGGUGCUGAUCUUCAUGCUGGUGCCCGGUGCUCCAGCUAAAGAGCCUCCGAAGAGGACGAGGCGAGAGUGGAUCAUUCCUCCCACCAAGCUGAUGGAGAACGUGGACUACACAGGUCGGGAAUUUAUUGCAAAGAUCCGCUCUGACAAAGACAGAUUUGUCAAUGUGGAGUACUUUCUGUCUGGAGCAGGAGCUGACCGGCCCCCGUACAACCUCUUUGUGGUGGAUCCUAAAAGCGGCUUUGUGCGUGUCACUGGUGUUUUGGACCGGGAGCAAUACCCAUCCUUCAAUCUAACAGGAAGUGCUAGAUAUGCCGACGGGACAAAUGCAGAAGUAGCAAUCCCCCUGACCGUCCAUGUUCUGGAUCAGAAUGACCAGACCCCUUAUUUUGAGAUGCAUACUGGCAACGUCACAGAGGCCAGCAAAGAAGGAACCUUUGUUAUGCAGAUUAUAGGCAAAGAUGCAGACCAAGCAGGGACAAUUAAUUCAGAGAUAGCAUACAGUAUCAUCAGUCAAGUGCCAGAAGGUCCAGCUCCCAUGUUCACUAUAGACAAGAAGACUGGGAAACUGUAUGUCCAAAGUCCCAUACUGGACAGAGAGACAAAUGACUUCUACAAACUGGUCAUAGAAGGAGCAGACUUGGGAGGGGCUCCAGGAGGCCUCGUGGGGACAGGAACUGUGGAGAUUAGGGUCUUGGAUAUCAAUGACAACAUCCCCACCUUGGAAAAGGCUGAGUAUGCUGGAUCAGUGGAUGAAAACGUUGCCGACGUGGUAGUGAUGAGGAUCAAGUCUCUGGACAAAGACCUGGAGCACACAGACAACUGGCUGACUGUCUUCAACAUCGCCAAAGGGAAUGAAGACAAUCUCUUCAGCAUUGAAACAGACAAAGACACCAACGAGGGCAUCCUGAAGCUGAUUAAGGCUGUAGACUUUGAAGAAGUCCAAAAUCUGGAGUUGGGCCUACUCAUUGAGAACGUCGCUCCGUUUGUGGAGGGUGGUGCCAUUUUGAUGGAUGUAGAUCUUCGGGUUGGAGAGGGAGAUCCUUCUGCAGUUGGCCCUGGAACACUGGUGGGGCCUGGAGUUGGUGCAGGAUCCGGGGUGGCAGUCGGAGUAGAUGUAGGUGUGAGUGCAGGAGCUGGUGCAGGUGCUGGUGUGGACGCCGGUGUGGACGCAGGUGUGGACGCUGGUGUGGAUGCAGGUGGGAAUGUGCACCCUGAUGCUGGUGUCAAAGGCAACGGCGGACCCGGUUUAGAUGUGGGAACAGGAGUCAACGUUGAGGGGAUGCCAGACGUCCAAAGAGGAGCAAAGCCAAAAGCACCCGCCAAGAGCUACCCCAUCAAAAUCACAGUGAAUAACUUGCCGGAAGAUCCAACAUUUCUACCUGAAACCAAGAAUGUUCCUGUGUCCGAGAACCCAGAGGAAGCACCGGAAGAUGGUGUGCUGACUGUGUUUGCAGCUAUAGAUCCAGACACUGGAAAACCAGCAGAGGAUGUCAGCUACGCCAAAGCUUAUGAUCCAGAUAACUGGUUUACUGUUGAUGAAGAGACGGCGGAAAUCAAACUCAACAAGGCACCAGACAGAGAGUCCCCUUUCUUAGUGAAUGGCACCUACGUUGCAAAGAUUCUAGCCAUAAGCAAAGACAAGCCACCAAAGACCGCCACAGGGACCCUGGCCAUCCAAGUGUCCGACUCUAAUGACAACUGCCCCACCCUGACCACCACCCACACCAACGUGUGCUCGGACGAAAAAGUGGUUUAUGUCACUGCCUUCGAUAAGGACGCCAGCCCCAACGCUGCACCAUUUGCCUUCCAUAUAAUGUCGGACGGGACACGUGGCAGAUGGGAUGUGGAAGUCAUUAAUGAGACAAGCGCCGCCCUUUACUCCCAUGAGGCCUUAUGGCCAGGAUCAUACGAGAUACACAUGGAAGUGAUGGACGCCCAAGGUUUAUCCUGCCCUGACAACCAGAUCUUCACCGUGGACGUUUGCACCUGCAUGGACAACAAACACUGCAGCGUGCGAGCGGAAAGACUCGGGCGUCCAUCAGCUGAACUCUCCGCCUCCGCCAUUGGACUGUUCCUGCUGGCGUUUUGCUUACUGAUGCUGGUUCCUCUGCUGCUACUGUUCUGUCAGUGUGGAGGAACAGACACCAUCUUUGCCGACCAGUUUAAUGACCUGCCGUUUGACACCAAGGAACACCUCAUAUUGUACCACACAGAGGGCAAAGGGGAGGACAAGGAAGUGCCGCUCCAGAGUGUCCCCAUCAUGUUAGGCAGCCAGACUCUAGUGGAGAGAAAAGCAUCAGGCUUCGACCGGAGAGUGACAUCAAUUUACAAUGAAUCCAGGGGCAAAGGUCUGGUGGAAGUGGAUAGGGGGAUGUUGCUCCUCGGUGCAGGUUCUAACAUGUUCAGCGGGCAAAGCAAACAUGUAGCCUUUGAUGAUUUGGCGCUACCUGAUGCUGUCCUGGAGGACUACUAUUCUCAGAAGUCAGGCUGUGUCCUUCCAGUCAUGGACAGUCAACUGGUGUUUCACUACGAAGGACCACCAUCUUCUUCUGGCUCAGUGGGCUGCUGCAGCCUCUUGGAGUCUGAAAAGGACUUGACAUUCCUCGACGACUUGGGACCCAAGUUCAAGACUCUGGCUGAGAUCUGCUCCCCUCUGCCACCGUCACCCAAACCAUCUAUGAAAGUAUCAGGGUCUGUCAUCUCUGAAGGUGCGGCACCAGCAGUUCAGGUUGAGAAACUUGUUGGGUCAAGCACAGAGAAGGAGAUGUCCUCUACUCUUAAGUCCUCUGUCAGGUCCAGAAGCAGUGUGCAUUCCUCAGGUAGUAGUAUGUCCUCUGUGCCUCGUCAUGCUCAAACGGUGGUUUUACAGCAGCGGCAGCCACUUUACUACACCACCAGCACCGUGCUUCAGCCGAUUAACUAUGUGCUGCAGCCUCAGGCACAGAGCACACUUCUGCUGGCAGAUGGCGUCCAAGGAGCUGGUUUACAGGGCCUGUAUGUUGUCAAUGGACCCCCAAGUCCUACCUCUGGACUUGUGGUUGAGCUCCAAAGUCCUCCCGCUGGGCUUGUAGUGAAAGGAUCGAAAAAACGUCCCUCUGGACUUGUCAAUGGUCUCCAGAGCUCUCCCACUGAGCUUGUAGUCAGUAGACCUCAGGGGUCUUCUUCAGUGGUCCUUCAAAACACUCCCCAAGGCUCCACCAUCCCCACAAUGUUACUCUCUGGACAUCCUGAUGUGGGAAACGGCCCUGUGGAGGGCUGGAGAGUAAAAGGUCCAAAUGGUCCUGGGGUCUUAGUGAAGAAGAAGUGUGGUCAAGGUAAGCCAGGGGGAGUGGAGCCCGGUUCACCAAGAGGUGGUGUCCUGCUCAAAGAGGUUCCUCUUCCUAAGAAGGUGUUAUGUCCAGCAGACUGAGGGAGUAAGGUUCCGCUGAACAGUUUUUGGGUUAAAGUCACUAUCAGUGUUGGGUAGCAAUGAUUGAGAUUAUGGGAUGUGGUGACAGCUGAAGAACAAGCAAUUGGUUGUCAAGCAACUACAUGCUAUUUCUGAAAGCCAUGAAGAUUACAUGGAAGCUAAAUGUCAGCAAAAUCAGUUCCAGCUUAUCCGGAUCCAGUCUAGUGUAAGUUAGUAUACCCAGACCUACUUAUCUCAAGCCACCUCCAAUCUCCACUGGGUUCCAGUUCGGUUCUAGAAGUGUUCCCAGACCAGCCGUGAGAUAGAUCUAACAGUCCCUCAAGCAUGCGCCUGUUAGAACAAGCCUGGAAUACCUGGAUGGUAAACUCAACCAAAUAAAAAUCACAGAAGCCCCCGGUAGCAAUUUGUGUUGCAAUGUUGUGUACCUACAUCGAUAUCAGAUAUGGUGGUUGUAAGUAGUCAAAAUAAAGAAAUAUGGACACUAAGUUGCAAAAGGGCUUCUUACAGUGUAAAUCUGCAAUGAUGAUUCUUGUUCACAUUUUUACAUUCAUUUGUAGUACAUUUAAUA